AUCUUGAGGAAAUCACUGGAAGAAGCCCCAAGGUUUCUUCUCUGAAAGGACUUUUAGUUUGGAAAGGUCCCUUCAGUGAAGAGGCUGAAGGGCUGGGCCCCCAGCCGGAGCUCAGUGCCUCUUCCAGAAGGCUACCCGGAGUUUUAGAUAAAGGUGGGGUUCUGGGGUAGGAUCAGGCUCUUGGGGAGGUCAGACCUGCCAGGAAGUUCAGGCACAGGAAGUCGUGGGGUGGGGUCUUGGUAUUUUCCCAGUGUGGGCGGGACCAGAGGAAGCCACUAACAAAGUAGUAGGCCUGUGGGCAUUUUUCUGUCUCCCAGCCCCUCAGAGCACGUGGUGUUCCCAUGCUCUGGGGCCUGGGCCCUUUGUAGUGGCAGAAUGUAGAGUGCAGAGGACAGGACAAUUCCUGGAGGCUUAAAGCAGGACCCAGUGUGUUGCCGGAGGUCUCAGGUGCACCCAAAUUGGAGCCGAGAGAGCCUGAAGAAAAGUGGAACUGCCCAACCAAGCCAAGAAGGGUUGCCACUGCUGCUAGGAGAGCUGACCUGGCACAUACAGAUGGGAAGCAGAAACAACUGAAGAGGAUUGAAGAGGGACCCACGUUUAAAAAGUGCUUGUCUGCAGGAAGUACCAUUACCUGUGACCCUGCUUCAUUUCUUCAUACAUGGCUGUUGUAGCAGAACUGAAGCCCCCAAUAAAUGGAAGAUGUUAACGAAGAUCCUUCAUUCCAAAAGAAGGAUCAUCAGAACCAAUUCUGGGACCACCUAAACACCAGCUUUGAAAAUCAAUGCAAGCUCGCAUCUACCCUGAUCCUGUUUUCCACUCCCAAACUAUAAACCCACUUCCUAUCCGCUCCCAAAGAGGGGCACCAUCUUUAAGGCAUUAAUCUGCUGUGGCCCUCUGUGCCUGGCAAAGCAAUAAAGCUAUCUUUUUCUCCUUCGUCCCAAACUUUCUCUGCAUUUCUAUUUGGCACUGGCAGGCAGAGGCCAAAUUUCACAAGAAAUCUGGGGGGCUCGUCCCAGGAUCUGCCUGUGGGUAGGCGGCCCAGCCGGGCUUUUGGCUUGAUCGGAUGUGCCGAGGUUUCUCUCCAUGCCAGUCUCCCUUCAGAUGAGCAGAAGCUUGAAAGACUCUUUCAGAGGCCACAUCUCUGAGAGUGUCCUGCUGCAGGGCUGGGUCCCAAGCAGACCUCCCUGACCAUCUUGGAAGUUGGAACUCUGAGGUGGAAAAGUGGUUGGAAGGCAAGGACCACCCCAGCAGCUGCCGAGGCUCCACUGGCCUUGGGGGAACUCGUUCCUUUCCCUCUGCUCCUGCCCACUCAAACUUCCCACUUCAAGAAACCUCUUUGGGAAGGAGAAAAGUAGCAUCUGAGACGUUGCAGCAUCUCUGCCAGCAUCUGGAUCUCACCACCUGCUGAGGGGCAAAGCCCUUCAAGACUCCAGAGGCUCCAUGACCCUGGACAGGCCAGGGGAGGGGGCCAUGAUGCUGCGGACGUUCACUCUCUUCCUCUUUUGCAUGCGGCUGAGUCUGGGUAUGACACCAAUAGCAAUGAUGCAAUCUCAACCGGAGCUGUGGAUAGAGACCAACUACCCUCAGGCCCCUUGGGAGAACAUCACGCUUUGGUGCAAAAGCCCCUCUCGGAUUUCAAGCAAGUUCCUGCUGCUGAAGGAUAAGACACAGAUGACCUGGAUCCGCCCUUCCCACAAGACCUUCCAAGUUUCUUUCCCCAUCGGUGCCCUUACUAAUUCCAAUACAGGUCUUUACAGGUGCUGCUACUGGAAGGAGACUGGCUGGUCAGAGCCCAGUAAAGCUUUAGAGUUGGAGGCACCAGGCCAGCUGCCCAAGCCUAUCUUCUGGAUCCAGGCUGAGACCUCCCCUCUUCCUGGAUGCAAUGUGAACAUACUCUGCCAUGGCUGGCUGCAGGAUUUGGUAUUCAUGCUGUUCAAAGAGGGAUACGCGGAACCCGUGGAUUACCAAGUCCCAACCGGGACAGUGGCCAUAUUCUCCAUUGCCAACAUGACACCUGAGAGUGAAGGGGUGUACAUCUGCCGUACUCAUAUCCAGAUGCUCCCUACCCUGUGGUCAGAGCCCAGCAACCCCCUGAAGCUGAUUGUGGCAGGACUCUAUCCCAAACCAACUCUGACAGCCUAUCCUGGGCCCAUCAUGGCGCCAGGAGAAAGUCUGAAUCUCAGGUGUCAAGGGCCAAUCUAUGGAAUGACCUUUGCUUUAAUAAGGCUUGAAGACUUGGAGAAGUCCUUUUACAGCAAGAAGCCAAUAAAAAAUGAGGCAUAUUUCUUCUUCCGGGCUCUGAAAACCCACGAUGCUGGACAUUACCUCUGUUUUUACUAUGAUGGGUCUUACAGGGGUUCACUUCUUAGUGAUAUCCUGAGAAUCUGGGUAACUGACACUUUCCCCAAGACCUGGCUACUUGCUCAGCCCAGUCCUGUGGUCCAAAUGGGUCAGAACGUGAGCCUGUGGUGUCGAGGGCCAGUGGACGGAGUGGGGCUUGCACUCUAUAAGAAAGGAGAGGACAAACCACUUCAGCGCUUGGAUGUCACCAGUAUUGAUGAUGACAAGUCAUUCUUCCUCAACAAUGUGACCUAUAGUGAUGCUGGCAUCUAUAGCUGCCACUAUCUCCUCUCCUGGAAGACUUCCAUCAGGAUGACAGCACACAACACCGUGGAGAUUGUGGUUGUAGAUAAGCCCCCCAGACCCUCCCUGUCAGCCUGGCCCAGCACCGUGUUUAAGCUAGGAAAGGCCAUCACCCUUCAAUGCCGAGUACCUCAUCCAGUUCUUGAAUUUUGUCUGGAAUGGGAAGAAAGAGCAACAUCCCAAAAAUUCUCAGUUGAUGGAGACUUCAUUGUCAGUAACGUGGAAGGGAAAGGCACAGGGACCUACAGUUGCAGCUACCGCAUAGAGGCACAACCUAACAUCUGGUCACAUCGCAGUGAGCCUCUGAAGCUGAUGGGGCCAGCAGGCUUUCUCACCUGGAAUUACGUUCUGAAUGAAGCUGUCAGAUUGUCCCUAAUCAUGCAGCUUGUUGCCUUGCUGUUGGUGGUGCUGUGGAUAAGGUGGAAGUGUCGGAGACUCAGAAUCAGAGAAGCCUGGUUGCUGGGCACAGCUCAAGGGGUCACCAUGCUCUUCAUACUCACGGCUCUUCUCUGCUGUGGACUGUGCAAUGGGGUAUUGACAGAGGAGACUGAAAUAAUCAUGCCCACCCCUAAGCCUGAGCUGUGGGCAGAGACCAACUUCCCUCUGGCCCCGUGGAAGAACUUAACCCUCUGGUGCAGAAGCCCUUCUGGCUCAACGAAGGAGUUUGUGUUGCUGAAGGACGGGACCGGGUGGAUUGCAACUCGCCCGGCCUCGGAGCAGGUCCGGGCUGCCUUCCCCCUUGGCGCCCUGACCCAGAGCCACACCGGGAGUUACCACUGCCAUUCAUGGGAGGAGAUGGCUGUGUCAGAACCCAGUGAGGCACUUGAGCUGGUGGGGACAGACAUCCUCCCCAAACCUGUCAUUUCUGCUUCCCCCCCAAUCCGGGGCCAGGAACUGCAAAUCCGGUGCAAAGGAUGGCUGGCAGGCAUGGGCUUUGCUCUCUAUAAGGAGGGGGCGCAGGAACCUGUCCAGCAACUUGGUGCUGUUGGGAGAGAAGCCUUCUUUACAAUCCAAAGAAUGGAGGAUAAAGACGAAGGCAAUUAUAGCUGCCGCACUCACACUGAAAAGCGCCCCUUCAAGUGGUCUGAGCCCAGUGAGCCCCUGGAGCUUGUCAUAAAAGAAAUGUACCCCAAGCCCUUCUUUAAGACAUGGGCCAGUCCUGUGGUCACGCCUGGUACCCGAGUGACCUUCAACUGCUCCACCCCCCGCCAGCACAUGAGCUUUAUUCUUUAUAAAGAUGGAAGUGAAAUCGCAUCCAGUGACAGGUCUUGGGCCAGUCCGGGAGCCAGUGCGGCCCACUUUCUGAUCGUUUCAGCGGGCGCUGGUGAUGGAGGCAACUACAGCUGCCGCUAUUAUGACUUUUCUAUCUGGUCUGAGCCCAGCGACCCUGUGGAGCUCGUGGUGGCAGAAUUCUACCCCGAACCCACUCUCCUGGCACAGCCAGGUCCUGUGGUGCUUCCUGGGAAGAAUGUGACUCUGCGCUGCCAAGGAGCCUUCCAGGGCAUGAGGUUUGCCCUCUUGCAGGAGGGCACCCAGGUUCCUUUACAGUUCCAGAGUGCCUCGGGGAAGUCGGCCGACUUCCUUCUCCAUGCUGUUGGAGCAGAAGACUCUGGGAACUACAGCUGUGUCUACUACGAGACCACCAUGUCAAACAGGGGAUCACAUCUCAGCAAACCUCUUAUGAUCUGGGUGACUGACACAUUCCCCAAGCCAAGGUUGUUUGCGGAGCCCAGUUCUGUGGUUCCCAUGGGGCAGAAUGUUACUCUCUGGUGCCAAGGGCCAGUCCAUGGAGUAGGGUACAUUCUGCACAAAGAAAUAGAAGCCACUUCAGUGCAGCUCUGGGGAUCCACCAGUAAUGAUGGGGCCUUCCCCAUCACUAAUGUAUCUGGCGCUAGCAUAGGGCGUUACAGCUGCUGCUACCACCCCGACUGGACCAGCCCUAUCAAGAUACAGCCUAGCAACACCCUGGAACUCAUAGUCACAGGUCUGCUCCCCAAACCCAGCCUAUUAGCCCAGCCUGGUCCCAUGGUGGCCCCUGGAGAAAACAUGACUCUUCAAUGUCAAGGGGAACUGCCAGACUCAACAUUUGUCCUGUUAAAGAAGGGUACUCAAGAGCCCUUACAGCAGCAGAGGCCAAUCGGAUACAGGGCUGACUUUCGGAUGCCGGCGGUGAGGAGCGAAGAUUCUGGAAUCUAUAGCUGUGUUUAUUAUUUGGAUUCUGCUCCCUUUGCAGCUUCUAAUCACAGUGACUCUCUGGAGAUCUGGGUGACGGAUAAGCCCCCUAAACCUUCCCUGUCGGCCUGGCCCAGCAGUGUGUUCAAGCUGGGAAAGGACAUCACCCUUCAGUGCAGAGGACCCCUGCCAGGUGUGGAAUUUGUCUUGGAACAUGACGGAGAAGAAGCGCCCCAGCAGUUCUCGGAGGAUGGAGACUUUGUCAUCAACAACGUAGAAGGAAAGGGCAUUGGAAACUACAGCUGCAGCUACCGUCUCCAGGCCUACCCUGAUAUCUGGUCUGAGCCUAGUGAGCCCCUGGAGCUGGUGGGGGCAGCAGGGCCCGCUGCUCAGGAGUGCACUGUGGGGAAUAUUGUCCGAAGUACCCUGAUUGUGGUGGUGGUUGUAGCUUUGGGGGUGGUGCUAGCCAUAGAGUGGAAGAAGUGGCCCCGACUCCGAACCAGGGGCUCAGAGACAGAUGGAAGAGAUCAGACCAUAGCCCUUGAAGAGUGUAACCAAGAAGGAGACCCAGGCACCAACACCAACUCUCCCUCAUCAAUCUCUCAGGGAACCUCAGUGGAACUGCCUGUCCCAGUAUAAUCCUCUCCUCUGUUACAAGAGCUUUUUUCUCCUCUCUUUUAGCCUCAGAAACCCACAGAUCUGACCGGUUUCCCUGGGAGUCCACCCCAUCUACUGUUCCUUGGCCACUAAUCACCUGAGAUGGGUCAAGGGGAUUUUAGGAGUUGAGAGCUCUAUCCGAGUGAGAUGUUUCCUGAAGAGAGAUUCCCCACCCCUGUAACUCCUCACUGUACUGAUUUACUGGUGCAUGAAAUUCUAUUAAAAAUGUAUUCUUCUGAAUAAAGAGAGUAUUCACUAUUUAACUGCAAAAA